AUGGCCUGCUCGUGGACCAAACUGCUCCUUUUCUCGUGCACGCUGCUCUUCCUGUCCCAGCGAUGGUGGCUUCCUCUACUCGGUCUGUUCAUCAAUCUGGCCUCCCUCCCCGGCCGCUGGCAUCGCAGCGCUUCUCAAUCCUACAUCUCGCACGAGCAGGACAACUUUGACGUGACCUUUGCCAGCUACGGGGCUAACCAGACCACUGCUGGGCCGCAGUACGAAGACCUUGUCCCACCGAUUCUGCAUCAUAUCAGUCUAGGUCCAAACCCGCCGCGCGAAGAGUGGGUUGCGGCACGGGCUGAGUGUAUCAAGUACCACGGGCACUGGAAGGCGUUUCUCUGGGAAGAUGGGAAUGCGGAGGAGUUUGUUGCUAGCGAGUUUCCACACUUGAAGCAUGUGUGGGAUAGCUAUCGGUAUCCGGUGGAAAGGGUUGACGCGUUGCGGUAUAUGGUGCUGCAUAAACACGGCGGCGUCGUUCUCGACUUUGAUCUCACAUGUAAACGGAGUCUGGGACCCCUGAGACGAUUCGACUUUGUCGCCCCGGCCGCUCAUCCUACGGGCUUCUCUGUUGGCUUCAUGAUGGCCAGCCCGGAAAACUCGUUUGUGCGCUCUCUUGUCGAUAACCUCGCUGCUUAUAACCGGUCGUGGUUCUUUCUUCCGUAUGUGACUGUCAUGUUCAGCACCGGCUGUCACUAUGCUUCCACGAUAUUCACCCUCCAACAAUCCCGCACUGCAAUCCGCAUACUCGGCGGCAUAGAGAACAACCGCCGACUACACAUGCUCAACGGCUUCGUCGACACCCCGCUGUUUCGGCACCUGGGCUCGUCGUCCUGGCACAGUUCCGACGCAUUUUUGAUUAAUUCACUGGGACAUCCGCGCAAGGGCCCGAUAAUUGUUCUGGUUGUUGUCGUCUCGUUUUUGACGGGGUCGUUGCUGGCGAUCUGUUUCGCUUGCCGCCAUCAUCGGAAACGUUGCAGUAAUCAUCCUUCCCGAAAGAGGAAAUUUUGGAGUGGGCAUGUUGAGGAUGAUGUGGAUUCCAUCAAGGAGGCGUGA